AUGCCGGUGCAGCUGACUACAGCCCUGCGUGUGGUGGGCACCAGUCUGUUUGCCCUGGCAGUGCUGGGGGGCAUCCUGGCAGCCUAUGUGACAGGCUACCAGUUUAUCCACACAGAAAAGCACUACUUGUCCUUUGGCCUCUACGGUGCCAUCCUGGGUCUACACCUGCUUAUCCAGAGCCUGUUUGCCUUCCUGGAGCACCGUCGAAUGCACAGGGCAGGGCGCCCCCUGAAGCUGCACUGCUCUCAGAGGCCGCGCUCAGUGGCACUCUGCAUUGCUGCCUACCAAGAGGACCCUGAGUACUUGCGCAAGUGCCUUCGCUCAGCUCAGCGCAUCGCCUUUCCAAACCUCAAGGUGGUCAUGGUAGUGGAUGGCAAUCGCCAGGAAGAUGCCUACAUGCUGGACAUCUUUCAUGAGGUGCUGGGUGGCACUGAGCAAGCUGGCUUCUUUGUGUGGCGUAGCAAUUUCCAUGAGGCGGGUGAAGGAGAGACAGAGGCCAGCCUGCAGGAAGGCAUGGAGCGUGUGCGAGCUGUGGUGUGGGCCAGCACCUUCUCAUGCAUCAUGCAGAAGUGGGGGGGCAAGCGUGAGGUCAUGUACACAGCCUUCAAGGCCCUUGGCAACUCAGUGGACUACAUCCAGGUGUGUGACUCUGACACUGUGCUGGACCCAGCCUGCACCAUUGAGAUGCUUCGAGUCUUGGAAGAAGAUCCCCAAGUAGGAGGUGUUGGAGGAGAUGUCCAAAUCCUCAACAAAUAUGACUCAUGGAUCUCCUUCCUGAGCAGUGUGAGGUACUGGAUGGCCUUCAACGUGGAGCGGGCCUGCCAGUCCUACUUUGGCUGUGUGCAAUGUAUUAGUGGGCCUUUGGGCAUGUACCGCAACAGCCUCCUUCAGCAGUUCCUGGAGGACUGGUACCAUCAGAAGUUCCUAGGCAGCAAGUGCAGCUUUGGGGACGAUCGGCACCUUACCAACCGAGUCCUGAGUCUUGGCUACCGGACUAAGUAUACAGCACGGUCUAAGUGCCUCACAGAGACCCCCACGAAGUACCUCCGAUGGCUUAAUCAGCAGACCCGCUGGAGCAAGUCUUACUUCCGGGAAUGGCUGUACAAUUCUCUGUGGUUCCAUAAGCACCACCUCUGGAUGACCUAUGAGUCAGUGGUCACAGGCUUUUUCCCAUUCUUCCUCAUUGCCACAGUCAUACAACUUUUCUACCGUGGCCGCAUCUGGAACAUUCUCCUCUUCCUGCUAACAGUGCAGUUGGUGGGCAUUAUCAAGGCUACCUAUGCCUGCUUCCUUCGAGGCAAUGCAGAGAUGAUCUUCAUGUCCCUCUACUCCCUUCUCUAUAUGUCCAGCCUCCUGCCAGCCAAGAUCUUUGCUAUUGCUACCAUCAACAAGUCUGGCUGGGGUACUUCUGGCAGGAAAACCAUUGUAGUGAACUUCAUUGGCCUAAUCCCUGUGUCUAUCUGGGUGGCAGUUCUUCUAGGGGGGUUAGCCUAUACAGCUUAUUGUCAGGACCUGUUCAGUGAGACUGAGCUAGCCUUCCUAGUCUCUGGGGCCAUCCUGUAUGGCUGCUACUGGGUGGCCCUCCUCAUGCUAUAUCUGGCCAUUAUUGCCCGGAGGUGUGGAAAGAAGCCAGAACAGUAUAGCCUGGCUUUUGCUGAGGUGUGAUAUAACCUCCAAGUAAAGUGGGAAACGUGCAAUGGGUAAGGGAGGGAAGGGGAAUGGAGGAGAUGGGGUGGGAGGGAGGAGGGUUGUUGUGUUCUAGUUUCAUGGCUGAAAGGACUAAUCUGAAAUGCAAAGAAUAGUGACUGUGGUGUGGCCUGGGUAGCUCUGCUCAGCAGAAGCAUGGCACUGAUUCUUUAGGCUCAGGGCAGAUGGACUUGUAUGUUUCUAGGCUGCCUGACUGCUUGCCCUUGCAUAGGUAGUGAACUCUGAGAAAAGAUUUUACUUCCUCCUGGAAACUAUAGAGAACCCAGAGGUGUGCUAAACUAAGUGCUAAAUUCCAUCCUGUGUCAACUUCUGGUACAUAAGCAAGCAAUGACAGCUCAUAGAAAGUGUCCUCCUAGCCCAUCUGAACAUGAGGUAUAUGAGAAGUUCCUGUCAAGUCUGGCCAGCUAGUGCCCCAUUUCCCUAACCUCGAAUUAGCCAUCAAUGCAUUAAGAUUGUGCCUGAGAGAACAAGGCUGGGAAGCCUGACCUUUGGUCAAAAAACAGGGUCUAAGUAAUGGUGCUUUAUGUAAUUACUAUAUUCCACUCCACAUCAAAACAUCCCAGGGAUGAGCCAAGUCACCAGGGGUAAGUACUGAGUUUGCUGGGGGGUGGGGGGGUUUGCUUUGAUGAAAG